GGCGCCCAGGUUCUACUCUCCGCCGGAACUCUGGCUGAAUGGGCUUCUGGUACGCCACCCUCUGCGAGUAGUUGGCGGGUCCUCCUCUCUGCGAGCGCCAGUGAGUCGCCCUCCCUCGCCCAGAAACCCUCCGCCUGGGCCAGCGCAGGAGGAGCGGGUCUCUGAGGGGAGCGGCGACCCCGCCGGCCUCGGUCUCUUUCCCUGGCGCUGGCGGCUGCGGCUUCUUCCGUAGGACAAUAUGUUCAAGAGAAUGGCCGAAUUUGGGCCUGACUCCGGCGGGAGAGUGAAGGGGGUUACUAUCGUAAAACCAAUAGUUUAUGGCAAUGUUGCUCGAUAUUUUGGAAAGAAAAGAGAAGAGGACGGCCAUACCCACCAGUGGACAGUAUAUGUAAAACCAUACAGAAAUGAGGAUAUGUCAGCAUAUGUGAAGAAAAUUCAAUUUAAAUUACAUGAAAGCUAUGGCAAUCCUUUAAGAGUUGUUACUAAGCCUCCAUAUGAGAUUACUGAAACAGGAUGGGGUGAAUUCGAAAUAAUCAUCAAAAUAUUUUUCAUUGAUCCUAAUGAAAGACCUGUAACCCUGUAUCAUUUAUUAAAGCUGUUUCAAUCGGACACCAAUGCAAUGCUGGGAAAAAAGACAGUGGUUUCAGAGUUCUAUGAUGAAAUGAUAUUUCAAGACCCAACAGCAAUGAUGCAGCAAUUAUUAACAACAUCUCGUCAGCUAACAUUAGGAGCCUAUAAGCAUGAAACAGAAUUUGCAGAGCUUGAAGUGAAAACCAGAGAAAAAUUAGAAGCUGCGAAGAAGAAAACAAGCUUUGAAAUUGCAGAGCUUAAGGAGAGAUUAAAAGCAAGCCGUGAAACUAUAAAUUGUUUAAAAAAUGAAAUCAGGAAACUCGAAGAAGAUGACCAGACAAAAGAGAUAUGAACAGUUUUGAAGAGAACUUGACAGGAAGCUAAACUGAAAAUAAGGUGGACUUCAGAGGAGGGAUGGACUGCAAGCGCCUCCUAGAAGAACUAUGUAUGUAGUUGUUGGCACAGGUUUCUCAGCAACGAGGUCAAAGUAGCUGUGCUUUUUAAGCAGUAUGUAAUGUAAAAUAUAUGUCUAAAACAUGGAUGCUGUGUAGGCAUUUUUAUCAACCCAUUUUAGGGUAAUUCUAUGAUGUUAAGCACAAUUAAAAAUUUUUGAUUACAUUGUAUGUAUAGCUCCUUUUGACAGGCAUCAAAAAUGCAUUAUAAAUUAUAACUUCUGUUUUGUACUUCCCUGGUAGUUAGAGUUAGUGGUAAGAUUAAUGUGUAUAUUUAAUUUCUUAACUUUCUUCAUCCUGAUUCUCUUGUAUCUGAGGUGCCCGUACCCACCCAGUAAAUACUCAGUAAAUGUAGUUUACUGAUCCUGUUCCUGCCUCGUGAGGUGGUUCUUGCUUUCCCUUUUCACUUUGAUGCACCUGGAACUGUUUCAUUACAAUUAAUGUAUCUCCAUACUGUCGUGAUCACAUGUCUCUUACUGGCAUCCAUUGUAGUAUACAGAAACUCUUUGAUGGCAAAGAUCAUAUCUUGUAUUGUUCUGCCUUCAUACUAUAGUGUCAUUGGUUUUCACAUAGAAAAAUUUAAUCUUUCCUGCAUGUUCCAAAAACACAUAGGAAACACCUGUGCACCAGCGUCACCCACUACCCCUAAUUUGUCUAUGUUUCUCAGCCUCUCCUGUUCAAAUCCACAUGGUGAGCCCUCCACUUUUGGCCUCACCUACUAUAAUUCAAACACUUAAUGUACUUAAUGUUUAAGGCCAUGUUAGCUGAACCCUCUUGGCAACCUAGAGACAAUAGUAGAUAGGAAAGUAUUUUGGAAACCACGUAACAUUAACAUAAAUUAUAAAGGCCCUAAAAAUGCAACCAUGCCUUUGCAUAAUGCAGGGAAUCUGUGUUCUCUAGAGUUAUAACUAGCCACUCUAGCACUUUAAGACACCUUUCUCUAUCUGCAGUGGUGGGUUGGUUACUUUUCACUUGGUCGCUUUAUUUUUUAAGUUGUGUUUAGAAGCAUGGAGGGUGUGUAAAGGUCACUGGUUUGAAGUUUCUGCCAGAGGCCCUCUGGGAGUUGGGGAUAGCACUUCUAAUUGUGCCGGCAUCGUUCAGCUUUCUUCUCUCUCUUACCCCAGUGCCUGCAGUGUAGGGUCGGCCCUGGGGAUGGAUCAGAAAAACUACUGGGGAAAGAGUCACAUUCCUGAAUCUGCACAUCAGUUGGUGAAUACAAGAGUUCAAAAUCUGUCGUCAUGGCUCGUCUUACCCUCUGUCAGCUCUUAUUUCUGUGUUGGCUUUAAUCUAAGUAGGCUCCCGUGAUUAUGCAGAGAAACUACUUACAACU